UUCGUUAGUGCUCAGUUUUGCCCCCAAAGAUGUCGCAGUAGUCAGUAUUCUUCUUUUGAGCUGGGCGGAUACCGCGGCGUCAACUGUGGGAAGAGCCUGGGGAAAGUACACGCCCAAAGUGGCCCAGGGGAAGUCUUUGGCUGGGUGUUUGGCAAGUUUCUUUGUGGGUGUACUUGUGUGCUACUUUUACUAUGGAUACCUUGUGCCAAAGUACCAAGUAGACAGCAUUGGUGAUAACUAUUACUCUGAGUCCAGCAGCCACUUGAGCUUUCCUUAUUAUGCCUUCGCAACAGGACUCGUUACCUCGUUCUCGGAGGCUGUGAACGUGGCCGGCCUUGAUGACAACUUCACUAUUCCCGUCAUAAGCUCCGUGGUUUUGUCUGGACUCAUAUAUGCAAACCACACAUAGCCCAAGAUGUUUUGUCGGCUCAUUGUAUUACUAGGAUGGACCUCAUUCCUUUUUGAACCUGAAGGUGUAAUUUUUAAUGCGCAAAGCGCGCUGUUUUUUAUAGUUUUAUUCUAAGUUAUUAUAUAUUCACAAUGCUCUUCGCAUAUGAUGACUUUGGCACAUUGAUAUUCCUUGAGUGGUGCUUUUGACAUCGCCAAGCGUUUUACUUCAAGUAGAAACACAAGGGCUAGUACCUGCAAGCAAUUUAAU